GUUAGCCCAAAACAGGAAGCACCAGCUCAGAGCUCUGGCUCAGGACUGAAGGGAGGAGUUGGGUACAGCUCCUUAUUUGGUUGAGAGUGAUCACAUGGGCUGCCGCGUCUGAACAACAGUUGUGAAGAAGUCAGAGAACUUCGAACUCUGGCGAGCCCAGGAGACUUGGGGUGAGAGAGAAAAGAGUCAAGGAAUAUAACACCGAGCACAUGGUGUGAGGGAAAAUGCCCACCAACUUCACAGUGGUGCCGGUAGAGGAUACCCCUAUAUCAAAUCCAGACUAUGAUGGAGACAUAGUAAAAGAAGAGGACAAGGAGGAGCCCUGCACGGCAGCGGGACCCAGCUCAGGAGACGAGACACCCAGAGAAACCAGCUCCUUAAUCAGUACAGAUCAUGACGACAGCAUUUAUGGCAAGAAUAUGGCUCUCUAUGAGGAUGAGAUGGACAGCACGCCGAUGGUGUCAUCUCUCCUCAACAAACUGGCCAACUACACCAACAUAACCCAGGGGGUCAUCGAACACGAGGAGGCUGAGAGUAUCGAUGGGAUACAGAAGGUCACCGUAAAUGCCCCUCAGAUGGGCACAUUUAUAGGCGUGUUCCUGCCCUGCAUGCAGAACAUUCUGGGUGUGAUACUUUUCCUGCGGCUCACAUGGAUAGUGGGUACAGCGGGAAUCGUGGACUCCCUUGCUAUCGUCUUCAUGUGCUGUUCUUGCACCAUGCUGACUGCAAUUUCAAUGAGUGCCAUUGCGACUAAUGGUGUAGUGCCUGCUGGUGGUUCAUACUACAUGAUCUCCCGAGCAUUAGGCCCAGAGUUUGGAGGAGCGGUGGGUCUGUGUUUCUACCUGGGCACCACAUUUGCAGGUUCUAUGUACAUAUUAGGAACCAUGGAAAUUCUUUUGAUAUACAUAAUGCCCGAAGCUGCUCUAUCAACUGAAAUGCAAAAUAACAUGCGCCUUUAUGGGACAUGCUGUUUAGUUAUCAUGACUCUGGUGGUGUUUGUUGGAGUGAAAUAUGUCAACAAGUUGGCUUUGGUCUUCCUGUCUUGCGUAAUGCUGUCAAUUAUGGCCAUCUAUGCAGGGGUCAUCCAAUCUGCCUUCAACCCUUCUAAUUCUCAAAUUUGCCUGCUAGGCAACCGCACCUUGCAAAGAUCUUGGUUUGACAAGUGUGCAAAGACAGAGCUCAUCAACAACGUAACAACCCCCACCAAGCUAUGGAAACUUUUUUGUGAAGGUGGCAUUGAAAAUGCAACAUGUGAUGAAUACUUCACCUAUAACAAUUUAACAGAGAUUCCAGCUGUUCCUGGCUUGUUUGGUGGCGUCAUAUCAGAAAACAUGUGGGGACACUAUGGACAAUACAGAACGAUAAUAGAGAAGAAGGAGAUGAGUUCAGAAGCAGCUUCAGAUAACGCCAAGUACACUAAUUAUGUCCUCAGCGAUAUCACUACCUUCUUCACACUUCUUGUUGGAAUCUACUUCCCGUCAGUUACAGGAAUCAUGGCUGGGUCGAACAGGUCUGGAGAUCUUAGAGACCCUCAGAGGUCCAUUCCCACUGGUACCAUUAUGGCCAUUGCAACCACCUCCUUCAUCUACCUUUCCUGUGUGGUGUUAUUCGGAGCAUGUAUUGAAGGUGUGGUACUGCGAGACAAAUAUGGCGAGUCAGUUAAUGGGACUCUAGCUGUUGCAACACUAGCUUGGCCAUCUUCAUGGAUGAUUGUGAUUGGCUCAUUUUUCUCUUGUUGUGGGGCGGGGCUACAGAGCCUCACUGGUGCUCCCAGGACCCUUCAGGCUAUAGCUCGGGAUGGCAUCAUGCCAUUCUUACAGGUGUUUGGUCAUAGUAAAUCUAAUGGUGAGCCAACCUGGGCUUUACUACUAACUGCAGCGAUCUGUGAGAUUGGGAUUCUCAUUGGUUCACUGGAUCACGUUGCUCCCAUCCUCUCUAUGUUUUUCUUGAUGUGUUACCUCUUUGUAAACUUGGCCUGUGCUGUCCAAACACUUCUACGCACCCCAAACUGGAGGCCAAGAUUCAAGUUCUACCACUGGUCCCUCUCUUUUCUUGGGAUGAGCCUGAGUCUGUCCCUCAUGUUUGUCUCGUCUUGGUACUACGCUUUGGUUGUCAUGCUGUUUUCUGGAUGCAUCUACAAGUACAUUGAAUACAGAGGGGCAGAGAAGGAAUGGGGAGAUGGGAUUCGAGGACUAUCCCUCAAUGCAGCUCAAUAUGCCCUAAUAAAAUUGGAGGAGGCACCACCUCAUACCAAGAACUGGAGGCCUCAACUGUUGGUGCUCCUCAAGUUGGACUCUGACUUGGGGGUAAAACAUCCACGUAUGCUCUCCUUUGCCUCGCAGCUGAAGGCUGGGAAAGGCCUGACCAUCGUCUGCUCGGUGCUGGAUGGCACCUACAUGGCUCGUGAGGCAGAUGCAAAGCUCUCUGAAAAGAAUAUCAAAGCGGCCAUGGCAAGGGAGAAAACUAAGGGUUUCUGUCAUGUGGUGGUGUCCUCCAACCAGCGGGAUGGUUUCUCUCACCUGAUCCAGUCUGCAGGCCUGGGCGGCAUGAAACACAAUUCAGUGCUAAUAGCCUGGCCCGCCAAUUGGAGACAAGCCGAGAGCUCCCUCUCCUGGAAGAACUUCAUCGAAACUGUCAGAGAGACAACAUCUGCCCAUCAGGCCUUGCUAGUGGCAAAAAACAUAGACACAUUUCCCACAAACCAGGACCGGUUAGCUGAGGGCACCAUUGAUGUCUGGUGGAUUGUCCAUGACGGUGGUCUACUCAUGCUUCUUCCAUUCCUGCUCCGACAGCACAAGGUCUGGAGAAGGUGUAAGAUGAGGAUCUUCACAGUGGCUCAGAUGGAUGACAACAGCAUCCAGAUGAAGAAAGACCUACAGAUGUUCUUGUACCAUCUGCGUCUUGAUGCGAAGGUGGAGGUUGUGGAAAUGAAUGCACGCGAUAUCUCUGCCUUCACCUAUGAGAAGACCCUUGUGAUGGAGCAACGCUCUCAGAUGCUGAAGCAGAUGCAGCUUUCUAAGACAGAGCGGGAGAGAGAGAUUCAAAGCAUCACAGAUGAAUCCCGGAUUUCCAUCAGGAGGACGACCUGUGGAGGGAAACCAACUAAAAGCCACAAGUUUCAAGCGCCAGCUAUAAUUCUGGACGUGGAGGCCCAGCUGAUUCACGACAGGAACACUAAGUCACAUGUCACUCUGACCGACAAGGUCACGCCAACUUCUGACCGGGUCCAUAUGACCUGGACUAAAGAGAAGCUGAUCAGCGAGAGAAACCGCCAACGAGAGGCUCAAAUCACUUUGCGGGACAUCUUCAAUAUGAAACCAGAGUGGGAGAAUCUGGAUCAGACUAACGUGAGAAGAAUGCACACCGCAGUCAAACUGAAUGAGGUUGUAGUCAACAAAUCCCAGGGAGCGCAACUAGUGCUGCUGAAUAUGCCAGGACCACCCAAAAACAAGGGCGGAGACGAGAAUUACAUGGAGUUCCUGGAGGUCCUCACAGAAGGACUGGACAGGGUGCUGCUGGUCCGAGGCAGCGGCAGGGAGGUCAUCACCAUUUACUCGUAGCGGGCACCGAGGAGCGUGUGAGGAGAGGCGGUCCAAAGCUGCAGAGAUACUGCACAGACGGACUCGGGUCAGGCAAUAGCACUCCGGCUGCAGGCCAGCACAACAAAGAGGAUUCUUCUCAUUAUCUUUUCAUUCAGCGCGAACUCCGUCGCCAAACAGAUUAUAAUACCAAAUGUAAACGGGGUCCUUGGAUGUGGUCCUUAAUAAUCAUUUAAAUAAAGACAGGCUUAGGUUUAUCUCAUAAGACUUGAAGAGAGUGACGUCACCUGUUGUAUUGCUGAGUCAUGUGACGACAAGGGACAGAGUUUAAGUAAUUAAAGUGCUUGUAAUUUAUAUCUGGUAAAUGUAUAUAUUUUUGUAUCUCAUCACAUUCUUCCGCUGAGGUUUAUGCACUGUGUGAUGUUAGUCCGAUUCGUAAGAUGUUUGUUUUGAUAUCAGUAUUGCUCACUUUGCAGUAUCAGCCAAAUCAUAUGGUUGAAGCAUGUUAGUAUUUUUGUUUAUUUGUCUGUUUUAAUACUAUUUGCCCCUAUUUUUUAUAUGUAGCAUUGUUCAUGAUGAGAAAUUUAUGAGAAAGUGUUUUUUUUUUUGUUUUUUUUGUUUUUUUUGCAAUGAUGCAAAAGAACCAGUUUAGGUUCCCCAAGGAGCCUUUGAGUGAACAGUUCUUAAAACAAUUGUAAUGAUCUAAAGAACCCCUUUUCAGUAUAAACAACUGUGAAAAGGCUCCAUGGACGUUAAUGGGUCUUUAUGGAAGCAUGGAUGAUAAUUAAGAACAUUUAUUUUUAAUAGCGUAAGUGUCCAUCGUGAAGUUAAAUUCAGUGUUCCUCUUUUAUAUGAUUACACUCCUAAUUGGAAAGUGCAUAAAUAAAGUAAAUGUAUUGUGA